GCUGGAGUGAGUGUGGUGAACUCAAGUCGCCUUUAGGAAUGGCUGAAAAAGCCCACACCUGGAAAUCACUCCCUCCCUGCUCCUCCACGGCAGGUUGCAUUUGGGAGACGCUUCAGUCAUUAGAGAAAUGAGCCGGGAGUGAGCAAUUCACCAGCUCUCCAGCACUUGGUGGAAAGCAGCAGGCAAGGAUGGAUGUGGUUGACAGCCUUCUUGUGAAUGGAAGCAACAUCACUCCUCCCUGCGAACUCGGGCUCGAAAAUGAGACGCUUUUCUGCUUGGAUCAGCCUCGUCCCUCCAAAGAGUGGCAGCCAGCGGUGCAGAUUCUCUUGUACUCCUUGAUAUUCCUGCUCAGCGUGCUGGGAAACACGCUGGUCAUCACCGUGCUGAUUCGGAACAAGCGGAUGCGGACGGUCACCAACAUCUUCCUCCUCUCCCUGGCUGUCAGCGAUCUCAUGCUCUGCCUCUUCUGCAUGCCGUUCAACCUCAUCCCCAAUCUGCUCAAGGAUUUCAUCUUCGGGAGCGCCGUCUGCAAGACCACCACCUACUUCAUGGGCACCUCUGUGAGUGUAUCUACCUUUAAUCUGGUAGCCAUAUCUCUAGAGAGAUACGGUGCGAUUUGCAAACCUUUACAGUCCCGGGUCUGGCAAACAAAAUCCCAUGCUUUGAAGGUGAUUGCUGCUACCUGGUGCCUUUCCUUUACCAUCAUGACUCCGUACCCCAUUUAUAGCAACUUGGUGCCUUUUACCAAAAAUAACAACCAGACCGCGAAUAUGUGCCGCUUUCUACUGCCAAAUGAUGUCAUGCAGCAGUCCUGGCACACAUUCCUGUUACUCAUCCUCUUUCUUAUUCCUGGAAUUGUGAUGAUGGUGGCAUAUGGAUUAAUCUCUUUGGAACUCUACCAGGGAAUCAAAUUUGAGGCUAGCCAGAAGAAAUCUGCUAAAGAAAGGAAACCCAGCACCACCAGCAGCGGCAAAUAUGAGGACAGUGAUGGGUGUUACCUGCAGAAGUCCAGGCCCGCGAGGAAGCUGGAGCUCCGGCAGCUGUCCACCGGCAGCAGCAGGGCCCACCGCAUCCGGAGCAGCAGCUCCGCAGCCAACCUGAUGGCCAAGAAGCGGGUGAUCCGCAUGCUCAUCGUCAUCGUGGUCCUCUUCUUCCUGUGCUGGAUGCCCAUCUUCAGCGCCAACGCCUGGCGGGCCUACGACACCGCCUCUGCGGAGCGCCGCCUCUCAGGGACCCCCAUUUCCUUCAUCCUCCUCCUGUCCUACACCUCCUCCUGUGUCAACCCCAUCAUCUACUGCUUCAUGAACAAACGCUUCCGCCUCGGCUUCAUGGCCACCUUCCCCUGCUGCCCCAAUCCUGGUCCCCCCGGGGCGAGGGGAGAGGUGGGGGAGGAGGAGGAAGGCAGGACCAUAGGAGCCUCUCUGUCCAGGUUCUCAUACAGCCAUAUGAGUGCCUCGGCGCCACCCCAGUGAGCUGUCCCCUGACCUUCCGCUGCAGAAGGAAGGAGGGGAGGAGGCAGAGGAGGAAGAACAGAAGAAGAGAUCAGGAAGAGAAGGAAGCAGGGGUGAUGGAGAAGGAAGGUUCCAUCUCCAGUGGGAACUCUUCAAGGUCUGCUUUUCAUCCUUCAUCUGGAUUCCAGAGCACUGCUUCAGUGGGGCCAUGACUUGGUUUCUAGGCAGUUCAAAGCAGGAAAUGUUAAGUAACACUCACCAUCAGAAAACUCUCAGCAGGCCAGGGACAGGAGUCCAACAGGGCUCCUACUGCAAAUGGAGUUGCUAAACACAUGUUCAAAAUGGAGAUGUGGGGCUUACUGAGCUUUCAAACCUUCUAGAACAUCCAAGGUGGGCUCUCACUCCUCCUGUGACACAUUUCCAUGCUCUGCUUUUUCUGCUCAUGCAGAAUUGUGGCGGUUGCUCUGCCUGCAGGGAGCCUGUCACCCUCUCAUAUAUCCACUGUAGCCUUCCACCACAUUGUGACCACAAAGCGAACACGAAGCAAACCCUCUCUGGCCAUUUUGUCCUGGGUAUGACAGCAGCCUGAUUUCUUCACCUUGAGGCCGGCCAAGAACAUUCAGAGUCAUAAGCUAGUUUUCAUCAGAAUAGCAUAAGCAAUGUCUGAAAGAUGGAAUU